AUGGAUUUGGAUCCUGAAGAAGCUGUUCCGGGGGUAAGAGAUGAGGAAGCUGGAGCCGAAACUCUGUCUUUACAUGCAUUUUCAGAUUUAACCAAUGUUUCUCCGGUUGUGUUCUUGUAUCUUCUCAAAGAAUGCUAUGUUCAUGGCAGCUUGAAGGCAACAAAGAAAUUCCAAGCUUUGCAGCAUCGAGUUCAUCAAGCUUUAGCAAAUAAACCCCAACCAGGACCUGCCACUUUCAUUGUUCAGUGCCUCAAUGUGCUCCUUGUGUUUGGGAUAUAUGGUGAAGGCUUUAGUCACUUGGUGAUAUCGGCUCUUCGCCGCUACUUCAAAUCAGCGUCUGCACCAGCAAGUCAAGAAGACAUGUCUUCCGCAAGAAGGCUAGCUGCUCGACUCUUCCUUGCUACUGUUGGAGGAUCUGUAGCUUAUGAUGAGAAGGUAAUGGUGAAUACUCUUAAAGUAUUUGAUGUUGGGUUAACAAGCAUCGAUGAAGCCUUGCCUGCGUUGGAAGUUUGGCAUGGACAUGGAUUUUCUUGUGGAACUGCAUUUCUGGAACAUUACAUAUCUGACCUGAUCAAAUCAAAAUCUUUUAUGACGGCUGUGUCUCUGUUAGAGCAUUUUUCUUUACGAUUUCCUGGACACACCUUUCUUCAACAAAUGGUUGAGGAUAAAGACUUCCAAGCUGCAGAGAAAUGGGCUACUUUCAUGGGAAAGCCCAGUUUAUGCAUUCUUGUCGAUGAAUAUGGCUCGAGGAAUAUGCUAAAGCAGGCCUAUAAUGUCAUUAAGAAAAACAAUCUCCACCAGGAUUUUCCUGAUUUGUGUUACAAGUGUAAAGAAAGUGCACUGAAGGAUCUAGCAGAAAAAGCAUGCUGGGAUGUUGCUGAAACAAAGGCAAAAGGUGAAAGACAGCUGCUAGAGUAUCUGGUAUACUUGGCAAUGGAAGCUGGGUACUCCGAGAAGGUUGAUGAACUGUGUAAUCGAUAUUCACUUGAAGGUCUGCCAAAAGCACAAGAGGCCGAGGUUGGUUUUGUUAACAAAUGCUUUCUGCGUCUCACCGACCUAGCCGUGAAAGAUGUAGUCUGGGUUGAUGAAGUAAAUGAGUUAAGAAAAGCAACUUCCUUUCUCGAAGGAUGUAAAGUUGUGGGUAUUGACUGUGAAUGGAAACCCAAUUAUCUUAAAGGCAGUAAGCCAAACAAGGUUUCAAUUAUGCAAAUUGGAUCUGAUAGUAAAAUAUUCAUAUUGGACUUGAUAAAGCUUUACAAUGAAGCCUCUGAAAUUCUGGACAACUGCCUUAGUCAGAUUUUGCAUUCAUAUAGAACAUUAAAGCUUGGUUACAAUUUUCAAUGUGACAUCAGGCAGUUGGCGCGUUCAUAUGGGGAUCUGGAGUGUUUCAAGCGCUAUGAUAUGUUGCUAGACAUUCAAAAUGUUUUCAAAGAACCAUGUGGUGGUUUAUCAAGACUAACGAAGAAAAUACUGGGAGUGGAUUUAAACAAAACAAGACGCAAUAGUGACUGGGAACAAAGGCCUUUGACUCAGAAUCAGCUGGAGUAUGCUGCUCUCGAUGCUGCGGUGCUGAUUCACAUAUUUCGCCAUGUUCGCGAUCAUCCUCCACAUGACAGUAGUUUAGAGACUGUCCAGUGGAAAUCUCACAUUGUCUCCCACAUGGAUAACCCGAAGAAUUUGAAGAAGAAGCCUAAGUUCCAUUCCGAGCAAACCUCAGCUUCUGACAAUUAA